AUGAUGCUUCUCAAGACCCUGGGCAUUGCUGGCCUCUUCUCCAUCAAUGUUUCCGGUCUUCCCCAGGACAUGAUGGUCCGCCGCGAGGACAUGUUCCGCCGUGACGGCGGCGGUGUCACGAUCAUCAACAACCUCCAGCAGGACAUCUACGCCUGGUCCGUCGCUGACGUUGUCGGCCCUAUGCAGACCAUCAACAGUGGCGGUGGCAUCUACUCUGAGAACUGGCGCAUCAACCCCAACGGCGGUGGUAUCUCAAUCAAGAUCUCCCUCGACCAGGAGCAACAGGACGUCCUCCAGUUCGAGUACACUGAGUCCGGUGACACUAUCUUCUGGGAUCUGUCUUGCAUCAACAUGGACUCUGGCAGCAUGUUCAUCAACUCCGGCUUUGCUGUCGUGCCCUCCGAUGAGACUUCCACUUGCCCUUCGGCUAUCUGCACUGCCGGAGAUUCCGCUUGCUCUGCGGCUUACCUCCAGCCUACUGAUGAUUAUGCCACCCACGGCUGCCCUAUCAGUACUGCUCUUAACUUGGCCAUUGGCUAG